AUGAAGUUACACACUACAGAGAAAGCAACAAAAAGAAAAGUAACAAAUCGCAUGGCAAUACUAAAAAUCAUAAAAAUGGUAUCAACGCAGAGUACUGUUGUGGUGAUCCACCAUUCAUCAAGAGACUUUAGUGCAAAAGCUCUUAAAUGGGCCCUCAGUGGCUUUUCACUUGAACAUGGUGAUAACCUUACACUUCUUGCAAUUCUUCGCCGUGUAAACAGUCCUUCCAGUGCUAGAUUUCGUGAGUGGGCAAUAUUUGGGAGUGAUCAGAAUGUUGUUGAAGAAGAGGUUGCAAAGAAGAAAGAAAAGCUGCAUAAUGAUCCAUGCAUCAGAAAAAUUUCUGAGCAGUGUGAAACAAACAAGAUUCAGUUCUUGAUUGAAGUGCUUCCAGGAAAGUUACCAGAGCUUGCUGUAAACGCUGCAAUCAGUUUGAAGGCAACGUCAGUUAUACUUGAUAGGUCAUUGGACAUGAAGAAAUAUAAGACAGAUUUCAUGCAGAGUCUCUCUUGUGCUUUGCUAAUAAUGAAACGUGAUAACUCCAUUAAGCACUUGAGAGGGCCAAGGAAAACAAAGAUUUCUUUUAGAGGAUAUGACAAAGCAAGUUCUGUAAAACGUCCCGAAUCCACAUCGAGUUUGCAACGCAUGACAAAUGCCGUUUUCUGCUCCAAAUCGAGCUCUGAUCUUUCUAAGGUCGCGUGUCAUCGACUUCAUUGUCAAACAAAACAAACCCCUGAAGACAAAGAUCUUGAUAUGGCAAGAGGGUAUUGCCUAUUACCUAUUCAAGACAUUCAAAAGACAAGUAGUGUUCCUCAAAUGCAUCAGAAGGAGACAACAUUUGAACAUAGAAGCAAGAAAGAAGCAUAUCAAAAAGUUGAAAAGUUUAAAAAUUCUGUUUGUUCAGUGUGUGAGAACACAAGGCCAAAAUUUGAGUUGAUGAAAGAAUUCACAUAUGGGGAGUUGCAUGAAGCAACACAUGGUUUUUCACCAAAGAACUAUUUAUCAGAAGGUGGAUUUGGUUCUGUUUAUUGGGGAAAGUUGCAAGGAAUUAAGAUUGCUGUUAAGAGACAUAAGUUUGCAAGCUUACAAGGAGAGAAGGAAUUCAAAUCUGAAGUUAAUGCACUUAGCAAAGCAAUGCAUGAAAAUGUGGUCAUGCUUCUAGGAUCUUGUUCUGAGGGAAUUAACAGAUUUCUUGUUUAUGAAUUUGUUUGCAAUGGCUCACUUGAUCAACAUUUAUCGCAACACUCUAGAAAACCUCUUAAUUGGCCAGAGAGGAUAAAAGUGGCUAUUGGAGCUGCAAAAGGCUUAUUGUAUUUGCAUGAGAAUAAUAUAAUACAUAGAGAUGUGAGACCAAGUAACAUCCUUGUGACACAUGAUUAUGAACUGGGAGAUUUUGGACUGGCUAGAACUGAACAAAUGGACUCUGUGUACUCAACAGAUGUUGUUGGAACUUUAGGGUAUAUGGCACCAGAAUAUGCAGAAUCUGGCAAAGUGUCAACCAAAUCAGAUGUGUAUUCUUUUGGUGUGGUGCUUCUUCAAUUAAUAACAGGAAUGAGGACCACAGACAAAAGGAUUGGACACAAAAGUCUUGUGGGAUGGGCUAGGCCACUACUGAAGGAAAGGAACUAUCCAGAUCUAAUUGAUGAAAGGAUGAUGGAUACUUAUGAUUGUCACCAGCUUUUUUGGAUGAUUCGACUAGCCGAAAAAUGUCUCACCAGAGAUCCUCAGAAGCGAUUACCAAUGGAUACAGUGGUUAGUGCAUUAACUCAUAUAGUAGAAGGCAACACAUGUAGCAUGGUACUAAGAGAUUGCUCUCCAGCACGGUCAGAUUCAUCCUAUGACUACAUGUCAGAAUCUCCAAUAUCAUAUGUCUCUCCAGAAUUACAAGUACAUCAAGAUGGAAUCCUCUGUGUAGGAUGUAACAUGGUCAAUUUAAGACCCCCACCAUCUCCUCCAUUUGGAAGCACAGGCACUUCUUGGAGUACUACUACAUCCACCAAGCAUGCAUGUUCACAAGGCUGA